AUGCUGCGCCUGCUGGAAGCCGAGCUGCUCUUCGCUUCCCUGCUCUCCGGCCCCUUCCCGCCGCUCUCCGGGGAUCGGAAGAGCGAAUCUUGUCCCGAGAAUAAAAUCCUGACCGUGGAAUAUUCCUGCACAGGAGCAGGUGGGACGCCGGCCACAUGCUUACGGAGGAAGUGCUGUGAGGGCUAUAGGUUUGUGAUGGGCCAGUGUAUCCCGGAAAGCGUGGACGUGUGCGCCGACUUCCCGUGUGAGCAGCAAUGCACGGACAACUUUGGUCGCGUCCUGUGCACGUGCUUCCCUGGCUAUCGCUUCGACAGAGAGCGCCACAAGACUCACCUGCACCCUUACUGCCUGGACAUCGAUGAGUGUGUGGAAAGCGGAGGUGCCAUCUGCGACCAGCUGUGUACGAACACCCCGGGCAGCUACCGGUGCCAUUGCCAGCGUGGCUAUUACAUAGCGUCUGACGGGAAAACCUGCCUGAAAUCCAGCAACGGCACCACAGUGGUCAAGUCGGAGACCCUGAUGGGCACCAGGUCCUGCUCCAUCACCUGCGAGGAGUUCACCAGUAUGAAACAGACAGUCUCCCAGCUGAGACACAAGCUGCUGCUCCCUGGCUUGGAUAAUGAGAGUGGGAAGUCCUGGAUGAGGAUUAACCAAAAACCAGCAGACCGUCCUCCUGUCCUAGGGCCCCCAGGUCCCCCUGGGCCUCCAGGUGACCCGGGCGCAACAGGGGAGAAAGGGAGUCCAGGGGCAAUCGGACCUCCAGGGCCUCCGGGAACCCCAGGGCCCCGCGGGGACAUGGGGCCAAUGGGACCGUAUCCUGACUUUGCACAUAUCAAAAUCGGACGGAGGGGACCAGUGGGCGCUCCUGGGGCACCAGGAAGGAAUGGCCAGAAGGGCGAACGAGGAUACCCCGGUCCCCGAGGGCCACCGGGCCCUCCGGGCUCCUUUGACUUCCUGCUCCUGAUGAUGGCCGACAUCAGGAAUGACAUCAUUGAACUACAGGAGAAAGUGUUUGGCCAGCGCCGGAGGAUGGAGUUUGAGAUGCCGUCUGCCAACAGCAGGGACUCUGAGGUGCACGAAUGGGGAUCCGGCCAGGAGGAGCUGCUGCGGGGGCCUAGACCCACGCGCUCAGCCACAUGA